GCCCGGCGCCCGGCCCGGCCUGGGGUUGGGCGGGGCUCUCUGGGUGCAGGCCAUCUGUUGUGGCGGCGGAGCUGGUUCUCUUCUGCUGCCUGUCGCCGUCCUCCGGCGAGCCUGCUGCUGACAUGGAUGAGCUGGACGUGGAGCCGCCGCUUACUCUGAUUCCUGGGGUGGACUCCAACAGGAAGCAAAUGUGUUUUGCCUGGGGACCUGGAGAGAUGCUGGUGUAUGAAACUUUGUUCCCAAAAGAAUGUGCAGAGAAAAGGCCAGGCUGCCCCAACAUUUUCAUUGUUCGCAAAGAUCAAGAUGUGUACUCGCAGACCUUACGCAAACUCUUCAAUGAAUCCCAUGGGAUCUUUGUUGGACUCCAGAGGAGUGAGGAAGAACUGGCUGGGAAGUCAAGGAAAGCACAAUUGGUUCGAGUGAGUAAAAACUACCGUUCAGUCAUAAGAGCCUGUAUGGAGGAGAUGCACCAGUUGGCUAUUUCUACCCGGGACCCUGAGCUGCAGUGCCAGCACAGCACCCAGGUCUCUAUUCUGUCCGCGAUGGAGCUGAUCUGGAACUUGUGUGAGAUCCUUUUUGUUGAAGUAGCGCCAGCUGGUCAUCUCCUGCUUCACCUCCUCGACUGGGUUCGUCUUCAUGUGUGUGACGUAGACAGCAUGGUCCGUGAAGUUCUGAGCAGUGAAAAUCCAUCGAAGCAUAAAGACUUCUGGAAUGCUGUGGACAGCUUCGUGCUGCAGGGCCGGAUGGAUGAUGCACGGCAUUUACUCUCUAAGGAAGCCAGUGCCAACCCCACAUCGAUGGGCAUGUGCAAAAUUCUGGAUGACUUGAUGAAGAAGAUGCCCAUUCUUAGUAUUGGCAACACCCAGACACUGACUGAGAUGGAACUGAAAUGGCAGCAUUGGCAUGAAGAAUGUCAGCGGUACCUCCAGGAUGGGACCUUUGCUUCCAAUCUCCACAUGGAGUCCAUCUGCAAGAUCCUGCUGGGAGAUGAGAACGCCAUACUGGAGAAGAAGGAGCUCAUGACUACUUGGUACCACUUUCUGGUCACCCGACUUGUCUACUCCCAUCCAACUGUGAAGCCAGUGGAACUUCGCUUCUAUGCACAGUCUAGCCUGGACCUGUUCCUGGGAGGAGAGAGCAGCCCUGAACCUCUAGACAGCAUCUUAAUGGCAGCCUUUGAGUUCGAGAUCCAUCAAGUGAUUAAAGAAUGCAGCAUCGCCCUGAGCAACUGGUGGUUUGUGGCUCAUCUGACUGACCUGCUGGAUCAUUGCAAACUCCUGCAGUCUCACAAUCUCUAUUUUGGUUCCAAUAUGCGUGAAUUCCUCCUGUUGGAGUAUGCCUCCGGGCUCUUUUCCCAUCACAGCCUGUGGCAGCUGGGGGUAGAUUAUUUUGAUCAUUGUCCAGAGUAUGGCAAGGUUUACCUGGAGCUUCAUAUUGAGCGAAUCCCCCUCAACACAGAGCAAAAAGCCCUCAAGGUGCUGAGGAUCUGUGAGCAGAGACAGAUGCAUGAACAAGUUCGCAGCAUCUGUAAAAUCAUGGCCAUGAAAGCUGUGCGGAACAAUCGUUUAGGCUCAGCACUGUCCUGGAGCAUCCGAGCCAAGGAUGCAGCGUUUGCUACGCUCAUAUCGGACAGAUUCCUGAAGGAUUAUUGUGAGAGAGGCAGCUUCUCAGACCUGGACCUUAUCGAUAACUUGGGACCCUCCAUGCUGCUCAGUGAUCGGCUGACGUUUCUUGGGAAGUACCGAGAAUUCCAUCGGCUGUAUGGUGAGAAGCGGUUCUCUGAAGCUGCCAAGCUGCUCCUGAUGCUGAUGACGGCUCGUAUUGCUCCGUGUUCCUUCUGGAUGACCCUGUUGACUGAUGCGCUUCCCCUCCUGGAGCAGAAAGAGGUAAUAUUUUCAGCAGAGCAGACAUAUGAAUUAAUGCGCUGCUUGGAGGACCUGACAGCUGGAAAGACAGAUAACCAGAAACUCCAGGUUGAUGACGUUGAGACUACCAAGGUGGAAAUCCUGAGACUUGCUCUUGCACGAAACCUUGCCCGAGCUAUUGUCAAGGAGGGCACGUUGGAAGGAUCAUGAGAAUGGGCUACUGCCGUAACUCUGUGGCAUACUGUACAUAAAACUGACUGCUUUUCUAAGAAUAAAUGUCUCGUUUUGCAUAUUUCUA